AUGGGCAACUCGACCUCUGGGGGCCUGCCCGCCCGAGUCCCCGCUGGGGAGCCCGAAACCGAGGAGCCGCUGGGUCUGAGCGAACUGCCCACGGAACUGCUCGAGAUGGUGCUGAGCCACGUGCCCCCUCACGUGCUGCUCGGGCGCUGCCGCUGGGUGUGCCGGCGCUGGCGCGACCUGGUGGACUGCCAGGCCCUGUGGUUGAACAUCCUGGCCCGAGACCACGCCGCCCUGUGGCCCGUCGUCAGCACCUGCCUGCCCCCCGCCGACGACCCCAGGCCCUGCGUCCUGGGCCGCUUCUGCGAGCUCCGACCCAUAGGACGCAAUCUCCUCCGGAACCCCAAGGGCCUAGAUCUGCUUCCAGUCUGCCUACAGGUGAAAGUCCCUCUUCCCCAAGGGCCAGGGCGGUGGUGGUGUCACAAAAAGAAGCAAGUGUUGGACCUGGAGAAGGAGGGAUUUUGGCCAGAACUCCUGGAUAGUGGAAAGAUGGAGAUUUGUGUCUCUGACUGGUGGGCUGGCCGACAAGGCACUGACAAUAUAUAUCAUCUAAUUAUCCAACUUCUAGAUGCCAACCAGUCCAUCCUGGAUCAUUUCUCUUCUGUGCCUGUGCCCAUUCGGCAGUGGAGAAACAAUGUCUCCUUUGAGGUCAACCAUGUGUUCUCCAACUUCAAGAAGGGCGUCUGCUUUGUGUCUUGUGAACACUGGGUCCAGGACAUGGAGUUCUUGUCUGAACAUUAUGGAGUCUCUCUGCCCAACUCCAGUGUGAUUGUGCGGGUCCGUCUGUCCUAG